CUCUUCUUCUUCUCCAUUUUCUUGUUUAACCUAACGGAGUCGCUUCACGAAUCACGGUUCGCCUGUAAGAGCUGAAGCCAUCAUCUUCGACUUUCCCUCUCUAAUUAGAAAAGCCUUUUCAAGACGGUCAAACCUUUUUCAAUUUACCGAGCAUGUCUGGGAAAUGGCGGGCUUUACAGCACCGUCACCGCUACACUUACAGCGCCGUUAUUUUCCCUCCCGCCUUCAUCGAUUCCUUACACGAAUCAUCAUUGUCUGAAUCGUCUCCAAAGUUUUACGCUGACUUGCAAGAGUUAAUCUCUCUUAACUCCAUUUACGCUCUAGUUAAUCACGUGAAGAAUCUCGCUGCUUCUUUCGGCGAAUUACUGUCAACCACCAGCGAAGAAGUAGGACUAGAGACAUGCUUAGCCUCAAAAGCAUCGUGGUUUUACUUAGAGCUUCUUUUUUUGGAGAAUUCGUUGCCUCUGCAUAGAACUCUCGUGUCAGCUUUAGCAAAAACCCGCAAGUUUCACUCAGUGAUUGGUGAGUGUUUUCGGGUACUCUGCGAUCAGUAUGGCCGUUUUCGCGAGAAAGGGAAGAGGUUCUGCGUCUCACGCGUUGCGUUAUCCGUGAUGGGUAUGCCUAAACUAGGAUACCUGGUUGAUAUAAUUAAAGAUUGUGCGAUUUUGGUAGCUUGGGAUAUUGUUUUUGGAUUGACUGCUGUAGUUUCGGAAACCGACGAGUUGGCGAGACCUUCUCCUAUUGUCAUGGAGCAAUGCCAAGAAGCUUUGUCUUGCUUGUAUUACUUGCUUCAGAGGUUUCCCCAGAAAUUCAAGGAAUUGGGUGGCGAAGAAGCAAGUCUUAUGGAGAUGGUUGUGGGGAUUUUGGUUAGUAUAUUAAAAUCGUCUGCUUUUUCGCGGGAUUGUUGGAUUGCAGCUGGCGUGGCCUUUUGCGCUACUCUACAAGUUUGUCUCAGUGUUCAAGAGCUUGGCUUGGUAAUCCUUGAAGGUAUAUUUUAUCAAACUACUUGCAGCUCUCGCACUAAUAGUGAAUGUAAUUUUGGAGAUGCUAUAAGCAAAGUUCCUUAUAAAUGGGGUAAUGUUUGUACUGAAAUACUAAAAUUUUCGGUGUUGAGCAGACUUUGUUUGAUUAGAGGCAUUCUUACUGCUGUUUCAAGGACAGUACUCAAUACCCCUUUUUCCAUAGAAGAUGAUAGUCGUAUUGCUUGUGAUUCUGGUGGAAAUGGUGUUAAUUCUAUUAAGACUAUAUUGUACGAUGGGAUUCUGCCUGAAAUAUGCCACUUCUGUGAGAAUCCCACGGAUAGUCAUUUUAACUUCCAUGCAUUAACCGUGAUGCAAAUUUGUCUGCAACAGAUAAAAACCUCAAUUUUGGCUAAUCUUACAAAUCCAUUAGGAGACUAUGAUCCGUUUCCAGGGGAAAUAAGGAACCGGAUAUUGAGAAUCAUAUGGAAUAACUUGGAAGAUCCUUUAAGUCAAACGGUCAAACAAGUUCAUCUUAUUUUUGAUAUUUUAUUAGAUAUUCGGUACAGUCUUCCUCAGGCAGAAGUUGGAAAUGAACUAAAAUUGUUCCUUCAGAAAAUUGCUUCAGAUCUCCUCCGCUUGGGUCCACGUUGUAAGGGGAGAUAUGUUCCUUUAGCUUCCCUGACAAAGAGGUUGGGGGCGAGAACUAUGUUGGAUAUGAAAAAUCCUGCCUUGCUUUUUGAAACGGUAAAGGCGUACGUUGAUGAUGAUGUAUGCUGUGCAGCUACAUCAUUCUUGAAGUGUUUCCUUGAGUGCUUGCGUGAUGAGUGUUGGAGCAGUGAUGGUAUUGAGAAGGGGUAUUCUCUAUACAGGGAGUGUUGUCUGCCCCCCUUUUUGUAUGGACUUGCUUCUGGGGUGUCAAAACUCCGUUCAAAUUUGAACACUUAUGCACUGCCAGUUUUGCUAGAAGUGGAUGUGGAUAGCAUCUUUCCUUUACUUUCUUUUAUCUCAAUUGAGCUAAGUGGGGAGGAGAACAAACUGUCAUGCUCCGAGCUUUAUUGUAUGAGGAUGGAACUGAAAAUUGAACAAAAAGUGGCCAUUUUAGUCUCUUUAUUGAAGGUAUCUCGUUCUCUUGCAUUGCUUGAAGGUGAUAUUGAGUUUCAUGAUGAUUCUCAGACACGUAACCUGAGUGGUGGGCUGGGAAGAGGAAGCUUUGAUCUUUAUGCCCUUGUCUGCAUAAAGGGGAUAAAGCUUAAGGUUCUUGUUGAGUGGCUAGUCUUGGCUUUGACCCAUGUUGACGAGUCACUCCGUGUGGAUGCUGCAGAAUCUCUUUUCUUAAAUCCUAAAACGUCUACUCUGCCUUCCCAUUUAGAACUUACUUUGUUGAAAGAAACCGUGCCACUGAACAUGAGGUCUUCUUCAACAGGGUUUCAGAUGAAGUGGACCAGCAUGUUCAGAAAAUUCUUCUCUCGGGUUCGUACAGCUUUAGAGAGGCAAUACAAGCAGGGGAGCUGGCAUCCUCUUCUGUUACAUAAUGGUAAGGAGGAAGCUGCAGUUAACAGAGCAGAGGAUUUAUUUAAGUUUAUCAGGUGGUUGAGUUGUUUUCUGUUUUUCUCAUGCUAUCCUUCUGCUCCUUAUAAGAGAAAAAUAAUGGCAAUGGAGCUUAUCUUGCUGAUGAUUAAUGUUUGGUCUAUCAUACCUUCUCAAGAAAAGAAUGGUUCUCUUUCCUCUGAAAACCAUCUCUAUCCAUAUAACAGUGGAAUAACAUCUCCUGAUUCAACUUUGUUGUUAGUUGGGUCAAUAAUUGAUAGUUGGGACAGAUUGAGGGAGAGUUCUUUUCGCAUACUGCUGCAUUUCCCAACCCCACUUCCUGGCAUUUCAAGUGAGCUUAUGGUCUUGAAAGUUAUUACUUGGGCCAAGCAGUUAGUUUGCAGUCCUCGUGUCAGAGAGAGUGAUGCAGGGGCUCUAACAUUGCGACUGAUAUUUAGGAAGUAUGUAUUAGAGCUUGGGUGGAUAGUCAGAGCUUCAGUUAAUGUUGUUUGUUUCCAAACAAAUUGUGUAGUAGUACAUGAGGAUUACCAGAUGUGUGAAUCUAGGCCUCCUGUGAUAGAAUAUAUAAAAUCACUUAUUGAUUGGUUGGAUAUUGUUGUGAAGGGUGGUGAGAAGGAUCUCUCGGAAGCAUGUAAAAACAGUUUUGUUCAUGGUGUGUUACUUACGCUAAGAUAUACCUUUGAGGAAUUAGAUUGGAAUUCUGAUGCAGUGUUGUUCAGUAUAUCUGAGAUGAGACAUGCAUUGGAGAAACUCUUGGAGCUGGUGAGGCGCGUAACUUCAUUGGCACUUUGGGUGGUUUCUGCAGAUGCUUGGUAUCUGCCUGAGUACAUGGACGAGAUGGUUGAUGAGGAUAAUUUUUUGUUGGAUGUUACAGAUGAGGCUGAUUCACUUUUAAAUUCCUCAGAACAUGAAGAUAAAAACUCAUUACCUUUGCAGGUUGUAAGACGAUCAGACCAAAUUGUUAUGGUUGGUUGUUGGCUGGCUAUGAAGGAGGUAAGUCUUCUGUUAGCAACAAUUGUAAGAAAAAUCCCUUUGCAAAAUAACGGUACUUCAGGUUUAUUAGAGUCCAAGGGAUCCUUAUGUGACAGUAUUGAUGUCUCAAUGACUGGAGUAUCCAAUGCCAUGCUUGACCUAAAACAACUUGAAAAAAUUGGAGACCAUUUUUUGGAAGUCCUCUUGAAAAUGAAGCAUAAUGGAGCUAUUGAUAAGACAAGAGCUGGCUUUACGGCCCUUUGCAAUCGUCUACUUUGUUCUAAUGAUCCAAAACUCUGUAAGUUGACAGAAUCCUGGAUGGACCAGCUUAUGGAACGAACAGUAGCCAAAGAACAAACAGUGGAUGAUUUGUUAAGAAGGAGUGCAGGUAUUCCUGCUGCUUUCAUUGCUUUAUUUCUCUCGGAGCCAGAAGGUGCACCAAAGAGGCUUCUCCCACAGGCACUUAGGUGGCUGAUUGAUGUUGCUAAAAAAUCUCUAGUGGAUGUAAAAGUAGAUGGUUCUAGCACUGAGCUAUGUGGAUCAUCAUCAAUAAUGUCAAACCAAGAAACUGAUGCUGCUCUUUCAUCUGAUAUAAAUACUUGUGGGAACACUUCCAAGUUCCGAGACGAAGGUGUAAUCCCGACAGUACAUGCAUUCAAUGCCCUUAGAGCUGCUUUCAAUGACACCAACCUGGCAACUGAUACUUCAGGAUUUUCUGCUGAAGCUUUGAUUGUUGCAAUUCGCGCAUUCUCCUCUCCAUACUGGGAGGUGCGAAACAGUGCUUGUCUGGCAUACACUGCCUUGGUACGCCGCAUGAUUGGAUUUCUUAAUGUUCAGAAACGAGAAUCAGCAAGGCGUGCAAUAACUGGGAUUGAAUUUUUUCACAGAUUCCUGAAGUUAACAGAUACCUUCAGUGGGACCCAAGAUCUGUCGAAUGAAGUAAUUCUUAUUCUCAACUGGACAAAGAUGGAUCUGCAGGAAACAUUGAUUAAGCUCUUAGAAUUAGAGAAGAAUCAUAGAUGUCAAUAUUACAUUCUAAGGAUUCUUUUCACUUGGAACUCGCUGAAGUACCAGAAAUCAAGUGGGAAACAAUGCAUUGUGGCUACUGAUGUUGGUGGAUUGGAUUUUGAUUCUGUCUUUCAGCUAUGGGAUAGAUUGACAUCCUUGUACAAGCUCACAAGACAUGCUAAGACUCAAGAGACACUUAUCUGUUGUCUGGCAAUAUGUGUGAAGCAAUUUGCAGGUUUUUGCACUGGCUUUAUUCUUACUGAUUAUGCGAUAAAAAACAGUGAAAGGAUUUCUGGACAAUCCAAAACAUUGACCUGCUUAUACGAACACAUUUCAUUUUUUGUUAACCUUAUUAAUCAUCACAGUUCGUCAUCUGAACCAGUAAGCAUGCGUAAGGCAGCUGCUGAAUCUAUGGUAGCAUCUGGUCUACUGGAGCAAGCCGAGCUUAUUGGUUCUUCUGUUUUCAACCACAGAAUCCCCUCAGGACAUUCAGGUUCUUAUUUUGGUGAGCAAGAGUAUAUUAAUAUGUAUGCUUACCAAAUUAUGGGGACAUGGCUCACAUGCAUUAAAUUGCUAGAGGAUGAAGAUGAUGGGAUUAGACAAAGACUUGCCAUGGACAUCCAAAGGUGUUUUUAUUCCAAAAACUCUGGAAAUAGUGCUGAUGCCCAAGGAGUUCCUAGCCAAGUGGAAAAAGUUAUUGAAUCCAGUUUUGACCAUCUUUCUUCUGUCUUUGGUCAUUGGAUGGAAUACUUUGAUUAUCUUUUUCAGUGGGUAUUAAAUACAGCAAAUUAUGCAGUACCUGGUGGGGAUCUUGUGAGACGGGUUUUUGACAAGGAAAUUGAUAAUCACCACGAAGAGAAGCUUAUGAUCUGUCAAAUUUGUUGCUCCCAUCUGGAGAAGCUUCCUAUUUCAAAGUCUUGGGAUGUAGAUGUUUUGUGCAAGGAUGGUGUCAGGAACUAUUUACGGAAGUGGAGGAUGAAAUUUUCUCGGCAGUUGAUGUCAUUUGCGAAGGACACCCUUGGGAGACAAGGAGUUGACUGGAUAGGCGGUUUGGGCAACCACAAGGAUGCAUUUUUACCCCUGUACGGUAACUUGCUUGGAUUUUAUACCCUCUCAAACUGCAUUUUCGAUUUGGAAGCUGAGGGAGAUGUGCGUCUACUAAGUGAUGUUGAGGAACUUGGUAGAACCAUUGAUCCUUUUAUGAAGAACCAUUUAAUUUCCAACCUGUUUCUUUUAGUUGUUAGGUUACAUGAGAAAAGGGUUGGUUCGACUACAUACGAGCUUAUCCAUGAAUUCAGAGAUAGGUUGAUUUGGGAUGAUUUUGAGCCAUAUUUUCUUCUUAGAUGAGAUCAAGCUUUUGUCAUACCUAUUCCUAUUUGAGUCUGAUUGACUCAAGGGGCUUUGUUGUAUCUUCCAGACGAGAAAAAUGUUUUGCUCCAGAGUUGAUGAAUUCUUACGACCUGGCUGUACACUAUUCUUCUAUAGCAAUUAUUUCAACUUCUUGGUAA